AUGACUAUUGUAAGAGACGGUGGUAGAGUAUAUGAUUCGACAGAAAGAGCAGUUGAAGAAAUAGGAGAAGCUCUAAACGAAACUAAUCCUCUCACAGAACCAUCACCUCCCACAGAACUAUCACAAGCAACAGAAGAACGAGAAGCAGAAGGUGAUGGGGAAGAAGAAAUCUCAGAUGCUCAUGAUACAAAUGAUAAUGAUGAUGAUGAAGAGCAACCGCUGCAGCCAGAGGAUAUGUUCUUCUAUCCACCUGAAUACACCAAGAGUUGUAAAUUAGGCACAAGGUGUACUAUGACGCAGAAGGUGAAUUUCAUUGAUCAGUUUGAGCCAGAACGGAAAUGGUUUAGAGAGCAUUCUCAGUUUAAGCACAUAUUCCAUAUGCCUCAGGAGCCAAAUCACAUGAUUCAAGGCAUGUGGAUGCUUUUUCUUUGCACAGCUUGUACGGAGAUGCAAAGAGAAUGCUGGUUUGUGGUAAACGGAGUCCCUGUUAGGUAUUCGUUGAGAGAACAUGCACUUUUAACUGGAUUGGACUGCCAUGAUUACCCCACUUAUUAUAAGGAUAAAAAGUUGUGGUCUUACAAGUGUGUUCAGAGGGUGUUUGGAAGAAAUGAUAAAAUCAAAAUAAGUGAUGUCGAAGCAAAACUAGAGGAAAUGCUGAAUAGGAGUAUUGACCGGAGGAAGUUGACUAUCUUGUACUUCUUAAGCAAGAUAGUGGUAGCGAAGUCAAAGGCCGAUGGAAACAUAGAUCCGUUUAUUCUGAGUGUUAUUGAUGAUUUGGAUACUUGUGAGAAGUUUCCAUGGGGACGUUAUUCAUUCGCUAAAUGUAUGAAUGGGAUCCGAGUAGAUGUACCCGCAGAGAAAGACUGUCCACGCAUGUGCAAGUACAAGUUCUCUGAAAGUUUAAUGCGAGGAUUUUCAUUGGAUGAAAUAAAUGCAGCACUUGGAAGUAUUAAGAAUAUAACUAGCAUCUUGAAACCGGAUGAGGAAGAGAAAGCUCUUUUGAGCCGCAUAAUAGACGAUAAUUCUGCUGAUGAAGGGAUAGGUUUUAUAGAUCCCAUUGUUGAUAGUUGGAGAGAGCAUCUUAUCGUGAAGAAGAAGAAAAUAUUGUGGAAGGGUGUUUACCAAACAGACUUAGAGCACAGAAAUGUUCAAAUCCCCUAUGAAGUCCAUGAGAAGGUUGAUGAAAUCAGAGGUGAUGAACUCCCUGAACCUGCAUUGUCGCUGUUACAAUUAAAGGAGACUAUGGAGAAAGGGUUUAGUUUGCUAAACAAAAAAAUUGGUGAUGUAGAGGAAAAAAUCAAGGGUUUAGAUGUGCGAGUGGUUGAUCUUGAAAGAUGUGUGGCACAUGAGAUUGGAAAAAGAGUGAAAUAA